AUGGGGGAUGAACAUGACGAAGUGCAAGGAAUCAAUUUGCUUAGUUGCCUCAAGACAGUGAACUACACUGCUACAGGCACAAUUAGAAACAAUCGCCUGCCAUCAAACAACAAAGACUUUUGUCUAACAACACCAUCUGACAUGAAAAAGCAAUCUCGCGGUUACUAUGACUAUGUGUCGUGUAAGAAAGAAAACUUGAUUAUUGUAAGGUGGAUGGACAAUUCUGUUGUCACUGUGGCUUCCAAUUGUUACAGUGUAGAACCAGUCGGAAAAGUAGACAGGUACUCUCAAACUCAUAAAAAACACAUCCAAAUAACUCAACCUAACUUGAUAAUGAAGUAUAACAGAGCAAUGGGGGGAGUGGACAGAAUGGACCAGGGAGUGUCCAAUUAUAGAGUGAAUAUUCGAGGAAAGAAAUGGUGGUGGUGCAUUUUUACUUGGAUGAUAGAUGCUGCAGCCCACAACGCUUGGGUUCUGAUGAGGGCAACAGGAUCUAAUAUCUCACUACUACAAUUCAGGCGAGAAAUUGUGAAGACCUACUUGACCAACUAUAAAGUUCUUCCCAAGGGUCCCGGCCGAACACUAAGUGCGUCAAGAUUCAGUAACAGCAGCUGCCCAGUAUCUGACGCCAUCCGUUACGAUCGUGUGGACCAUCUGAUUGUGCCAACCAAUGGGGAGAGGAGAAGAUUCCGUGCUCUCAAACCCAGAGUGCUCAUCACACCCCCAAUGUACCCCUGGAGAGUAGACCACAGUAUGGGUCCUUAG